AUGAAGCAAUCCAUUUUUCCAAUUCUUCGAAGGAUUGAAAAUGUUGAUCUGCCAGGCCGUGUGCCAUAGAAUGAAAUAGGUGUAAGUCAGAAGGGGCGUCAUCUGGGGAAUACGGCUGGUGGGGCAAGACUUCCUAUUUCAGAGUUUCCAGGUACUUCUUUACCACUUUUGCGACGUGAGGACGAGCAUUUUCGUGUUGGAGGAUGACUUUGUCAUGUCGCUCUUGAUAUUGUGGCCGCUUUUCUUUUAGGCCUGUUAAGGUGGUUGUUCAAUAUAAAUGAAUGUGUGUUAAAAAAUUAAUAGCAUUGCCUUAAAUCACUUGAUCUGAUAUUUUCCUACUGGGUAUUUGUACAUUUAGGCCCUGUCCCGCAAUGCUAGUUAAACUGUGUUGCAGGUUGUAAAUAUGUAUUCAAAGAACGAAAAUUUAAUUAAACAGAACUUCGCUUAUAGACUUAACUUCUAAUGAAUUCAUUAAAAAGUUUACCCACAAAACAAAAUUGUCUGCUGCACGUAAGUGUUAGCUGCAGCUGUGGUAUAUUUGGAGUAUAAAAACAAUGUUGCCUCCCUGAAAAUACGGUUUAACUUCUAUUUUAAACUUUCGUUUAACUUUGACAGUAUUGUUUGCCUGGCAAUACUGUUUUUCUCCUUUUGCAAAUCUCUUAACAGCUGUUUAUACCACAAAAUCCUUGAUAAAAUUAGACGCUAGAAAAAAGGUCUUAACUAAAAUAUUUGUUACUAAUUUAGCAACAGUAUGUCUAAGCGAUGCCCAAACUUUACAAUAAAUGAGGAAGACUUUUUAUGGCAACUCGUGGACUUAAGGAAAAAUGUUCUCGAGAAUAAGAAAACAGAUCGCAUCACUACUGCUAAGAAAACGAAAGCAUGGAUUGAUUUAGAGGAGGAAUUUAAUAAAAAAUUUGGUCAUAUCUUCAGAAAUGCUAAAGAAUUAAGAACAAAGUAUGAUAACUUAAAGAAAAAACGAAGAAAAGAGCACAUCGCUAUGGCAGGAAAAAGGUAUGGAAUCGGUGGUGGAAUCAAGGAUUUAACUGCUGCUACAAAUAACGACAGAGUUACCCAUAAAAUGUCACCGUUUGUCGAAGAUGACGAAGAUCUGAAUGAUGGUGGAAUCGAGGGUGUAGCUGCUACUACAAAUAACGACAGAAAUAGCCAGAAAAUAUCAGCGUUUGUCGAAGACUACGAAGAUCUGCAUGGUGAAAACGGCAUUGAUCCUUUGACGAGUUCAGCAACAAAUAAGUCACAAGUAUAUGAACUACAAAUGUACAGGGUUGAAGAACAGGAGGUUCAGAUAAGAAAACAAGAAUUGGUAAUAGAGAUGACGAAAAAAGAACACAAUUUAAAGAUUAAAAAGAUGGAAUUAGAAUUGGAAAUUUCAAAAGUACAACUUCAACAAAUGAAAAAUGAUCUCCGGAACCUUAUUUAUGUCUGAUUAGUUUAUAUAUUUUCAGAAAAUAAAACUAUAUUUUACCUAUCACUUAAA